AUGGUCCGACAAGGAAGACACCAAACACGUAAGCCAGCAUACUGGUGGAAUGACGAGAUUGCGGAGUUGCGAGCACAAUGCAAUCGGGCCAGAAGGCUAUGUCAGCGCUCACGGAAUGCAACCAACACUGUAGAACUCAGGCUCAACUACAAAAAUAAGCGUAAAGCGCUUAAACUGGCCAUUCGCGAUAGCAAGCGCAAUAUGUUCAAAGAGCUAUGUGACGACGUCAAUAAUAACCCAUGGGGCUCAGCCUAUAAAAUAGUGCGGAACAAGAUGAAACAGACGGUACAACCAACAUGCCCAAUUCUCUUGGACCAGAUUGUACGAGAACUCUUCCCUCCGCAGCCUGACUUUGUGAGAAAGAUAGAUAGCGAACCAGCCACCAACAUCCCGGCGGUAAAUGUAGCCGAAGUGCUCAAACUAAGUAGCAAAUUAUCGUCUCGAAAAGCGCCUGGGCCAGAUGGAAUUCCAAACAUUGCGUUGAAAAAAGCCGUGCUGCAAAACCCGUGCUUGUUUGCGAGAAUUUUUAAUGUGUACCUGCAAGAAGGCGUCUUUCCAAAUAUCUGGAAACUACAAAAAUUGGUACUUGUACCAAAAAAACCAGGUGCUUGCGCUCCAAAUGAAUACCGUCCACUGUGUAUGCUGGACUCCAUUGAUCAUGUCAAAGAUUUCAGCUGUGGGCCGCUGCAUUAUAAAACUUUUUAUUUCGACGAGAAUAACAAUGCGUUAUAUGUGGGCGCUAUGGAUCGCAUAUUUCGUUUAAAUCUACAAAAUAUUAGUCAAUCAAUUUGUGAGCGUGACGUGCUCAUACUGGAACCUUCCGGUUCAGAUAUACUCAGUUGCGUGUCGAAGGGCAAGCGUGAGGUGGAAUGCCGCAAUCACAUACGCGUUAUACAGCCGAUGGACUCUGGGACACGUUUGUAUGUUUGUGGUACGAAUGCGCACAAUCCAAAGGACUACGUGAUAAAUGCGAACUUAACACAUUUACCCAGAUCCGAAUACGUGCCUGGCAUUGGCUUAGGCAUUGGCAAGUGCCCCUAUGAUCCCGCCGAUAACUCUACAGCCGUUUAUGUGGAGAAAGGAAAUCCCUUUGGAUUACCAGCGCUGUAUUCCGGCACAAAUGCUGAAUUUACUAAGGCUGAUUCGGUUAUAUUCCGUUCAGAUUUGUAUAAUUUAACAUCCGGUCGGAAGGAGCACAAUUUCAAACGCACCGUGAAAUAUGAUUCCAAAUGGCUUGAUAAACCGAAUUUUGUCGGCUCCUUUGAUGUUGGCGAAUACGUCUACUUCUUUUUCCGCGAACAUGCCGUCGAGUAUAUCAACUGUGGCAAGGCCAUCUACUCGCGCAUUGCACGAGUGUGCAAAAAUGAUCGUGGCGGCAAAUAUAUGAUCAGCCAAAAUUGGGCGACCUAUCUGAAGGCGCGCAUCAAUUGCAGCAUCUCCAGCGAAUUCCCAUUCUACUUCAAUGAAAUCCAAUCGGUGUAUAAAAUGCCAACAGAUGACACCAAAUUCUAUGCCACCUUCACGACGAACACACACGGCAUUCUCGGUUCGGCGGUGUGCAGCUACGAUAUACGCGACAUCAAUGCUUCCUUCGAAGGCAAAUUCAAAGAGCAGGCAACCUCAAACUCAGCUUGGCUGCCGGUGCUCAAUUCCAAAGUGCCCGAACCCAGACCGGGUACAUGCACCAACGAUACGGCAGCGCUGCCAGAUUCGGUGUUGAAUUUCAUACGCAAACAUCCGCUAAUGGACAAGGCAGUCGAUCAUGAAUUUGGCAAUCCAGUAUUUUACAAAAGGGAUAUCAUACUAACUAAAUUGGUGGUGGAUAAGAUACGCAUCGAUAAACUAAAUCAAGAGUAUCUGGUGUACUUCGUGGGCACCAGCACUGGCCUCAUUUACAAAAUCGUACAAUUCAUACGCUACGGUCAACGUUUCUCCAAUCUACUCGACGUACUGGAGGUGGCCUACAAUGAGCCGAUACGCGAAAUGGGUCUGAGUCAGAAGACGGGCUCAUUGUACUUGGCUACGGAUCACAAUGUGAAGCAAAUCGAUUUGGCGAUGUGCGCCCGCCGCUACGAUUCGUGUUUCCGCUGCGUCGCCGAUCCGUAUUGCGGCUGGGACAAGGACGCGAGCACCUGCAAGCCAUACCAGCUGGGAUUGCUGCAGGAUGUUGCCAAUGAGACUUCCGGUAUUUGUGACACGAGCGUUUUGAAAAAACGUAUCACCGCCUCGUACGGCCAGACACUGCAUCUGUCGUGUUUCGUUAAAAUCCCUGAGGUGCUGAGGCAGAAGUCGGUGCGCUGGUAUCACCAUUCAACGGAGCGAGGACGCUAUGAAAUAAUUUACAGUCCCGCCAAAUACAUUGAAACCUCCGAGGGCGGCUUGGUGAUUAUAUCGGUGAAUGAAGGAGAUGGCGGACGGUAUGACAGCUACCUGGAUGGUACGCUGCUGUGCAGUUACAGCGUCAAUGUCGAUGCGCACAGAUGUACGCCGCCUUCGAAGAAAAACGAUUACCAGAAAAUCUACUCGCAUUGGUGCAAUGAAUUUGAGAAAUACAAGUCGGCCAUGAAGCAAUGGCAGGCCAAACAGGAGCAAUGCAAUAUGAAGGAGAAGGCGAAUGGAAAGCAUAUAAAUGAAGUCUUCAGUAAUGAUGGUGUGGUCUGACCGCCAGGUAGUGCGAGUAACCACUAAAGACUGACAUUUUUAAGCUUUUGAAAGACAAUAUUUUCAUAUUUUUAAAACAUUUUAAUUUGCUACAAAUUCUUGUAACCGAAAAGUUCUGCACAUAAAAAAUAUCAAACAGGAUGGAAUGACAAACAAAAAAAACAACAAAAUCAAGAGAAUUGUAUAGUAUCAAAAACCAAGUUAAAAUACGUAGAUAAAAACUUAAAGCAGUCGAGAUAAGAUUGCACUGGAAAAGGGCGAGCGGUGUUUUUAAGAAAAUGCCUACGACAGCUCGAAGGAAAUCUACAAACGGGAGCGAAGCAACGGCACUGGGCGCAUAAGGUGGAGUGAGAUUUUUAACUAUAUAAAGCAUACAGAACACACAAGCAUUUACACGUACAUAUAUGCACACAAGGGCAAAGUCACACACCCAUACAAAUAUGGAAUAAACACAAGAAAGCUUGCGUCGAAGAGGACGACAACAGAAAAGUUACUAACAAAGAGAUCCUGCCAGCAAACAAAACAAAAAAAAUAACGAAAGAAAAACAAAGAAACGUAAUAAUAAAAAAAAAAAAAAAAAACAAAUUCACAAAAGCAACAAC